AGAAUGAAAGAGAGAUUGAGUCAGAGGAAGAAGCGCAGAGAUCACGACGGUGACUGAGACGGAUUGUGGACACGGACUCGAUCACUCGCUCACACACACUCUCGCGCAGUGGAUGGAUGUUUUUACAGAGCGCAGAGUGGCCUGACGUCCAGCUGUAGUGUUGAGACUCACACUGCUGUAGAUGGAGCAAACUUUGAGCAUCAACCCUGAUAGAUCGGCAGCUGUCUCUGAUGGCGAGCUGAACAGUGCAGAUCUGAAGGGCUGCGGCAGUGACAACAGCCUGAACAGCAAUGCUAGUCUCCCCAGCGUGCAGUGCCACAGACGGCACCCGGAGCGUCGCGUCGCAGCAUGGGCCGUCUGCUUCGAGCGUCUGCUGCAGGACCCCGUCGGCAUCCGUUACUUCUCUGAGUUUCUGAAGAAGGAGUUCAGUGAGGAGAAUAUCCUGUUUUGGCAAGCAUGUGAAUUUUUCAGCCAUGUUCCAGAAACGGACAAGAAGCAGCUAUCCCAGAAGGCAAGAGAGAUCUACAACAACUUCCUGUCCAGCAAAGCCACAACGCCAGUCAAUAUCGACAGUCAGGCGCAGCUGGCCGACGACAUCCUCAACGCUCCGCGGCCCGACAUGUUCAAGGAGCAGCAGCUACAAAUCUUUAACCUGAUGAAGUUUGACAGUUACACACGCUUCCUGAAGUCCUUCCUGUAUCAGGAGUGUAUGCUGGCUGAGGUGGAGGGCCGUCCUCUACCAGACCCACACCACAUCCCCAGCAGUCCCACAUCCAAACAUAGCACCAGCUCAGAACGCUCCAACCUCUCCACGCCCAAGAAGGAAGAGAAGAAGAGCAAAUUGGUGAAAGUGCUCAACGAGGAGUGUAAAGAUGAACACGGUGAUAAAAAGAAAGGAAGUUUAUUUCCCUGGCCCAGGAACCGAAGCUUUGGGAAAGGAAACAAAAAGAAAGACCUCGGAGAGUACAGCUUUUCAGGCAAUGACGGGCGCAGAGAGUCACAGGGUUCUUUAUCUUCUGGUGCGAGUCUGGAGCUCGGCAAUUCGGCUUCAGGCAAGAACGAGGGAGAGGUGUCACGUAACUCUGUGUCGUUAUCGGAGCGUGCUGUGCGUUACUGUAACAUUAACCUGCCGGAUGGGUCGUGUUGCUCAGUACCCAUAAGGCCCGGCGUGUCCAUCCGUGAGGUUCUACUGGGCCUGUGUGAGAAACUCUGCAUCAACCUGGCAGCUGUAGACCUUUUCCUGGUGGGAGGAGAGAAGCCUUUAGUAUUAGACCAGGACUGCAUGACGCUGUGUUCACGAGACCUGCGACUAGAAAAACGUACAUUGUUCAGGCUGGAUCUGGUGCCCAUAAACCGCUCUGUAGGGCUGAAAGCUAAACCCACCAAGCCUGUGACUGAGGUGCUGAGGCCAGUCGUGGCUAAAUAUGGCCUGCACUUAGGAGACCUGGUAGCCAGGAUUAGUGGGGAGAAGGAGCCACUGGAUUUGGGCUUGCCCAUUUCCAACCUGGAUGGACUCAGAGUGGUGCUGGAGGCGGCUGAACAUAGCGGAGCUGCAAAAGACAAACAGAAACUGACCUUGUCAAAAAGCCACGGCCCGCCACUGUCCACCCGAAGCCAGUCUGCUACAGCGGAGGACAGAUCAUCAGGGAAGGCUACGACUGUCAAAACCAGGGCCCAGGUGGAAAAGCGAAAACAGAAAAAGCUUAAUAUAGAUGAAGUUGAAGAAUUCUUCGAGCUCAUAUCCAAAGCACAGAGCAACCGAGCUGACGACCAGCGGGGUCUGCUGAACAAGUCUGACCUCGUCUUGCCUGACUUCCUGCGCCUUGACCCUGACACGAAUCCCGAAGACGUCCCCAUCAGCUCCACCCCUGAUCCCCGCAAGCCCCGUCCACGCUCUAAAGAGAAUGGCUCUGCCCUCAGUGCCAGCCACCAUACACAGAGCUUGGAUUCGGGCGUGGAAGGGCCAGGUGGCCUGAGAGCUUUCAUGCCACUCCAUAGGAACCCCGCUCCCUGUAAGCAGGCGACGUUUGACCCCACCCUCUCACCCAUCUCACACAGUCAUGGUGAAUGGAAGCGAGAGAGCAGGGCCCAGGCACUGGAGGAGGAGGAGCAUGGUACGGACCUGACGCUGGUGGGUGAAGGUGAUAUCGCCAUCCCUAACAGCCUGCUUCUUCCUCCAUCCCCUUUGCCCCUCCCUCGCUCCCCAGAUCGGCCCCACCUUGUCAGAGAGGACGCUUGCCAGGACAGCUGUGCCCAGCCAGGUACCUCUCCUGUGUGACCUGUGCUUUCCCUCUCGCGCACUCCUCUCACGUUCUUCCUGAAGAUCUGCGUGUGUGUGUUUUAUCGAGUGCUGUGGAUUUGCUGUUGUUGUUCUCUUUGCCAAACCUUGUCAAAGCUGCGAUUUUCCCUUGUACAUACGUUACCCUCUACGAGCACUUUACUGAACUAUUGGAAAAGAGACAUAGAGAUAUAUACAAACGCUAAAACUAACAAGCUUUUAUUGCCUUCGUUAGAAAGGUUUUGUAUGUCCAGUCACAUUUCAUGACUCACGAACACAACAGUUGGUUGACAUUAAGCUUCACUAUUAUAGGAAGCUCAGUAGAGAUGAUUGUAGACAGUGUGAUUGUCACUGAGUGGUUAAUGACAACCGUCAUGCUCUCUCCGGGAGAACAUGUGCCCUCGCAAAACCAUAGGAAUUAUAACGAGCAUAAAUUCAUCAAUGAGAAAAGCAACGACCAUUGCAUCACCUCCUGAAUUUAACCAUUUUGAGUUUACAGUCAUGAAACAGAAGAUCAUAUUGGCUCUCUGAUAUCUUACACAAAAUUCAUACAACAACAACAACAAGAGUGAUUUCACAUGAAUGAAGUUCGACGCAAGCCCUGGCUUUCACCCUAACAUUAACCCGUCAAAAUCUUAGCUUAUUAUUUAGUUCUUAAUAUCUUAAAACAUAUUCUUCAGUGAAACUAAUCGGAUAUGUAUGUAGUUAUGAGAUUAAGGAAUGUAAGACUGGACCCAAUAAUGAGUCUUGGGAGUGUAAAGGGUUAACCAUUGGGAACUUUAUAUAUAAAGCUGGAUUGGAAAAUUAAUCCGAAUUGACACGACACCCAUGCUACCUUUCCGGCUUCUUGCCUAAUGUCAUGACAGGCUUCAACAGGUGCAGAACUCGACCAGUGACAACGGCUGUCUUCAUGGUUUAUUAUAUUGUAACUGUAAAUUCUUUCCUUAAAGUGUGCUUUAGAGUUAUAAUAACAAGCGGGAUCCUCAGAAACAAGGAUUGUUCUAGCGGUUAAUGCUUGGUAGUUCUUUACUUUUCUAAACGGUGUUACAAUGCGUAAGGGGAAAAGUUUAGAACGAUACCAAAAUAGAUCAGGACUGAGGUUCCCAAAGCACUGCAGCCUCAAAUCAUUGAAUGGUUGAACGAGCAUCACAGUACCGUUGCCUAAACAUUAAAUAUGAGCAUCAAAGUACAAUUGAGUAGUUUUUUUUUUCUUCACUUUGUCUCAUUAAUGAUCACGUGGUUGACCGCAAUGUCAGAACAAGAAGAAACUUGUUACCGUCACUGCCGUUACUCAACCUGCAGACUACCAGGAGGCUUCAGUUCACUGUAAAGCAUUCCCAUUAUCUUCCAUCAUUAGGAACCAUUCAUUUCAUGUGAAAAGUGAAUAAAUAAAAAAUCAUGUUUGUCAAUGCAGUGUGAGAUGGCCAGAUCGUACCUGUCUGUGGUGAGCAGUUCCCUGAGUUCUGAAUGCUUACAGGAUCUCCGAUUCCCACAGUGUGCUGUUCUUGACACUCAUCUAGAACUCUGUUUCGUUCAACAAGCAAUUCAACAAUGUUUACACAGUUAACGUCCACGCUCUCAUCUUGCAUAUGGUAUUAUGUAAUAUAAUAUAUCCCGACAACCUUAAUUUAUCUAAUUUGUGUGCAAAGUAUGUUUUACUAAAUGACAAAGAAAUAUUGUGUACAGGUUUUUGCUUGUAUCCGAGAUACCAGCGUUGUUGAAUUGCCUGCUAUUUUGCUGUAGACGCUGAGAUCCAAUCACAUUUCCUGUAGCAGUUUUGUUCAGAUGACGAUCCACUCCGGUCUGUGCCAUAUCUCUGCAUUUCUGUAUAUACAGUUAAAUAAACGUUAAAGCGGACAUCUUUUGCUCUAA